GAGAGAAAGCGUGCCGCUCCAAGUGUCGAGGGUUAGAAAUGAGAAUUCGAAGUCUUGCCUCCUGGAAAGUUUUGAUAAGCAAAUACGGCUGAGCUCCCGCGCUCUCUUCAUUGGCUGCUUCUUCACCGCCAGAUUUUGACACAAAUAAUCAGAUUGAAAAUCAGGGAGGGGAACAGAAGAGGAAAAACACACAGAGAGACAGAGCAAAAAGGAGAAGUAUCUAUUUGUGCAAAGAGUCACACAGUUGACAGAGUGGAGGCCAGUCCCGAGAGAGGCUUUGCAGUUCCCACCUCGGGAAGCUCCGGCAGAACCCAGGCGAGGGACAGCUCCGGGCAGGUGUGGGGUGCACACUGAAAAUGCCACGCUCCUUCCUGGUGAAGAGCAAGAAGGCUCACACCUACCACCAGCCCCGUGUGCAGGAAGAUGAACCGCUCUGGCCUCCAGCCCUUACCCCGGUGCCCAGAGACCAGGCUCCAAGCAACGGCCCUGUCCUCAGCACUCUAUUCCCAAACCAGUGCCUGGACUGGACCAACCUCAAACGAGAGCCGGAGCUGGAGCAGGACCAGAACUUGGCCAGGAUGGCCCCGGCAGCAGAGGGCCCCAUUGUGCUGUCCCGACCCCAGGAUGGGGACUCUCCACUGUCCGACUCACCCCCAUUCUACAAGCCCAGCUUCUCCUGGGACACCUUGGCCACAACCUAUGGCCAAAGCUACCGGCAGGCCCCCUCCACCAUGCAGUCAGCCUUCCUGGAGCACUCCGUCAGCCUGUACGGCAGUCCUCUUGUGCCCAGCACUGAGCCCGCCUUGGACUUCAGCCUCCGCUACUCCCCAGGCAUGGAUGCGUACCACUGUGUGAAGUGCAACAAGGUCUUCUCCACCCCUCACGGGCUCGAAGUGCAUGUGCGACGCUCCCAUAGUGGGACCCGGCCCUUCGCCUGUGACAUCUGCGGCAAAACCUUCGGCCACGCUGUGAGCCUGGAGCAGCACACGCACGUCCACUCCCAGGAGCGCAGCUUCGAGUGCCGCAUGUGCGGCAAGGCCUUCAAGCGCUCAUCCACGCUGUCCACCCACCUGCUCAUCCACUCAGACACGCGGCCCUACCCCUGCCAGUUCUGCGGCAAGCGUUUCCACCAGAAGUCCGACAUGAAGAAGCACACCUACAUCCACACAGGUGAGAAGCCGCACAAGUGCCAGGUGUGCGGAAAGGCCUUCAGCCAGAGCUCCAACCUCAUCACCCACAGCCGCAAGCACACAGGCUUCAAGCCCUUCAGCUGUGAGCUGUGCACCAAAGGCUUCCAGCGCAAGGUGGACCUGCGGCGGCACCGCGAGAGCCAGCACAAUCUCAAGUGAGGCUGCGCCGGCUCCCAGCUCCUGGCCAGCCUGCCCUGUGGUCCUGUCACCUGGAGGCCAGCCUCACAUGCCCAAAUCUCCAGUCUCCUGGAGGUGGGACUGGACAGGAGUCUUCCAGCUUGUUUUGAGACUCAUGAAAUUGCUGUGUGACCUUGGGCAAGUCACUUACCCUGUCUGGAUCAACAUUUCUCCUGCUGCCAAGUGUGGAAGCCUGGCUGGGUCUUUCUCAGCAGAAGUUGUUUCCAGGUGUGCUCAGGUGCCUUCCUCUAGCAGAGCACAGAAAGCUAGAAUACCCCCAGGGAGACAGGGAUGCCAAGAGUAGACCAGAGCUGGGACCCACAGACAGAACCUCCACCUGCCUGCUGCCCACUGAGCUGGGACCUGAUCACCUUGGAUUUUAGCGGGCCUCUUUCUGGCUAUAACAGGCAGAGUCGGAGCUGCCUCCCACCCCAGUCAGAAGCCUCACACCCCCUCUGCUUCGGCCAGAUGUGCUGGCUGACUCCGACUUCCGACCAGCACUCAGCUGGCCACUGGGGAUUCCAGCUCCACAACCAGGCCGUGAGGCUGGAGAAACUGGCAGUUAUUGCUGUCAAAAGCCUGUUCUCUCAACUGCUGUCAAUAAAAUUAAAGAUACAGAUUUGCUGCCAUGUGACCAGCAUUUAUUAAGUGCCUAUGAGGUCCAGGGUACUGCACGAGGCUUUGGGGAGUGAUGCGGGGAGGCUUGAGGAGCAGAGAAAGCCAUGGAGGUGCUCAUAGGCAAGUUGUGGAGACGUGUACUCAGCCCCCACGUGCACAGACCCGCUGACGAGCCGGGAGCAAGCAGAAGGGGCCCGUGCGACAAGACCACAGGGGUGGGCAAGGCUAGUGCAGCUGGGGCGGUAUCCGUUUCCUGUGGCUGCUGUGACAAAUGACCACAAACUUAGUGGCUUAAAACAACACACAUUUAUUCUCUUAAAUUCUAGAGGCCAGAAACUCAAAAUGAGUCUCAUGGGGCUAACAUCAAGGUGUUAGCAGGACUGCAUUCCUGCAGGAGGCUCCCGGGAGAGUCUGUUUUCCUGUCUCUUUCACCUUCCCAAGGCCGUCUGUGCCUCUGAUCUUGGCCCCUUCCUCUGCCUUCAAAGCACAUAACUCGGACCUCUGCUUCUGCCUCCAUCUCUGUCUUCUGCUUUCAACCUUCUUGCCUCUCUCUUAUACAGACCCUUCUGAUUACACUGAGCUCAGGUAUAAAUCAUCCCAUCUCAAGAUCCUGAACGUAAUCACCGUGAUUGGCUGAAUAAUGGCCCCAAAGAUGAGAUCCACAUCCUAACCCUGGAACCUGUGAGCGUGACGCUAUAGGGUAAAAGGGACUUUGCAAGCGUGAUGAAGAUAAGCCUGGUGCCGCACCUGUCUAGCUGUGUGACUUCAGGUGAGUUCCUGAACCUCUCUGGGGCUCAGCUUCCUCCUCUGUAAAAUGGUAAACACAGCAGUCCCUUCCACCGAUUCGCUGAGACCAUUCUUGCAAAGCGGCAUACAGGGCCAGCCCAGCACGUAGUAAGUGCUGCCGAGUUGUGAACAUUCCUUUUUGAAGUCCUGUCCAUCCUAUAAGGCCCACUUAGCCAGCUCCUCCAUGAAGCCUCCGUCGGUCAUCCAGCCAGAAGGUCUUCUCUCUCCUCUGAUACCGAGCAACUCAGUCUCUUUGCUUACAGCUUAGGAGCCAUUGAAUGUGGAAUGCAGUUAUAUGUGGAUAACUUCAGGAGGUCUUCUGUCUGAGCUCCAGCCGCACCCCACCCCCCAUCCCACACCAAUCCUGUGCCUGGCCCACAGCCAUGGACACCUCUGAAUGAACUUGCAGGUACUGAGCUAAGCCAAGGGUUUCCACACAUUGUCUCUAACCCACACAACCUUCUGCAAUGGAAUGCCAUUCUCCCAUUUUACAGAUGGGGCAACUGAGGCCCAGAGAGGUCAGACAUAAAAAAAAAAAAACAUAGAUAUGGGCCAGGCGCUCACGCCUGUAAUCCCAGCACUUUAGGAGGCUGAGGCGGGCAGAUCACUUGAGGUCAGGAGUUCGAGACCAGCCUGGCCAACAUGGUGAAACCCUGUCUCUAUUAAACAUACAAAAAUUAGCUGGGCAUGGUGGCGCGUGCCUGUAAUCCCAGCUACUUGGGAAGCUGAGGCAGGAGAAUUGCUUGAACCUGGGAGGUGGAAGUUGCAGUGAGCCGAGAUGGUGUCAUUGCACUCCAGCUCUGGGCAACAGAGCAAGACUCCAUCUCGGAAACAAACAAACAAACAAACGUAGAUACUAGGGCUUACCCUUUCCAGGUGUGCUCAGGUGCCUUCCUCUAGCAGAGCACAGAAAGCUAGAAUACCCCCAGGGAGACAGGGAUGCCAAGAGUAGACCAGAGCUGGGACCCACAGAGAGACCCUCUUUCCUAGAGAAAGAAGGAUUCUUUCCAAAGAAACGCCGCUGCCGUCCGAUGGUGUCUGUGUAUCGUGUGACUUAGCCUUGGGUUCAUGAAUCGACUUGUUUAACGUGUAUUUGAUUGCAUGCCAACUUAUGAGGCUCAACCUGUCAUGAAAUGGCAAAUGUCCCAUGCAAACGCCCAAUUCCCAUCCAUUGUGGGCAGCUCAAACCUGGGUCAAACUAGAAGCUGUUCACAUGGAUCGUCAGGGGAGUGAGGGACAAGUCCUCAGACUCAUGUUCGUGGUUCCAGAGAGGCCCACAGAGCCGGCUGGACAUGCCUUAGACCUGUUCUGGUGCUCCCCAGGCGUGCGCCACAAGCCUCCGGGGGUUCGUUCGCUUUAGACGGAGUAGAGAUCGCAUUGCUCAAAUAACUGGGAGGAACUCUGGGUUAAC